AGUCCGGGUUUUGCAGGCCUCCGUGCGGCUCAGUAAAAUGGCUGUAUCUAACCAAGCCUCGUGUUGCUUGGGUUCGCUCCCUGCCUCUGCCCGGGCUUACUAACAACUCCCACAACAAUUUCUCCUUUUCCACGCAUUGUAUGGAGCCUCCAUCAGCUCUUUAACCCCAAUUCACGGAACCGGAACCGACGGGGGUGGCAGCCGGAUUCUGUCCGGUUCGCGGGGCGGGGAUGAAUCGGCACCGGGAUAAAUGGUUGUAAACAAUUCUUCCCCCUUCGAUGCUAGCUUGUAAUUGUGACUGACUCGCCGAGGAGAGGGAGAGAGGUGGGGUGGGGGGGUAAAUAUCAUGGCCGCUCAGGUCGCUAGCGCCGCCACUCUCAACACAAGCCCGCCUUCCGAGCUCAAAAAAGCGGAUCGAGAACCCAAAGAGGAUUCGGGACCAGGGGAGAAGCAGUCGGAGAAAAAGCAGCCCGGCUUGGACGGCGAAUCGCCGGGACGAGGGGAUCUGCAGGACGGCGCCGACGGUGGAAAUGCAGGAGGAGGAGGGGAACCUGAGAUGAAGAACGGGAAUGGGAACCCGCCCAGGGCUAACAAUAAUAGCCAGAAUGACAGUGUUGGACCAGAGGGAAAUAACCACCCGGGCAUGGUGCAUCACCACAACCCCGCGUUUCCUCCCCCGUCGUACGGAUACAGUCAGCACUACAGUCGGGCCCCUUUUCAUCAACAUGGCGGACAACAAAGCCCUGGCAUGGCCGCUGCUCAGCAAAGCAACAUUAUGGACUCUUACCAAGCGAAUUCCAACGAGCACGGCUUUUCCAACCACCAGUUUAACAAUUACAGCCCGUUCCCGAACAGGACGCCGUACCCGGGCCAGGCCUACGCUAUGAACUCCCCUCGUAGUACUCAGGCGCCGCCAGCCGGGGGGCAGCCAGCUAAGCAGCAAGCACCAGCGGGAGGACCCGCAGCCAUGGCCGGAUCUUACAAUAACCAGAGAUAUAACAUCGGGAACCCCCAGCCGACAUCGACGCCGACCCUCAAUAAACUGCUGACGUCUCCUAGCUCCACACGGGCGUAUACAAACUACCCGUCUAGCGACUACGGCAGCCAGGAGGGCGCUAGCAAGGCAGCAGCAGACAUGGGCGCUAGCGGCCAGUAUGGAGGCAGCAAUCCGGCUUGGCAACAAAGAAGCCAUCACUCGUCGCCUAUGAGCCCUGGAAGCGCUGGACAGCCACUAGCUAGAACACAGCCGCCUGGUUCCAUGGACCCAAUGGGGAAAAUGAGAGGGCAACCGUACGGUCCUGGUAGCCCAUACAGUCAGCAGUCCCAACAGGGGCCUCCCACAGCGCAGCAGGGUCCUGGAUAUACUGGCCAGGGGUAUGGACCCCCAGGUCCUCAGCGAUACCCAGUUGGAAUGCAAGGACGAACCCCUGGAGGCAUGGGUGCCAUGCCCUAUGGCCCACAGAUGGGGUCCUAUGGAUCUGGAGGAUACGGUUCACAAGGCCAGGGCCCAUAUUAUGGCCAGCCUGGUCAAGGUCCCCACCCAAGCCAGCAUCAAACACCCUACUCUCAGCCCCAAGCAGGGCAACCAAGUGGCCAAACAUCUUACCCUGGGCAACCACACCCGCCACCAAGUUCAGCGCCGCACACUCAAGGGGGAUCCCCAUAUCAACAACCUCAUAUUCCCCCAUCUGGUCCACCUCAAGGCCCCCCACAGUCUCAGCCGCCCUAUUCCCAAACGUCGGCCUCACAGCCUGGCCAAUCCCCGUACCAGCAGCAGGGCCAAAGCGGUCAAACCCCACAGCAGCCCAGUUCCCAGGCUCCCCAAGGACCCCAAGGGCAGGCCAACUACCCGGUAUCUGCGCAACCACCACAGCAGACCCCAUCGCAACAACAGCAGGCACAGUCCCAGCCACCCCAGCACCAACAGGGCCAGUCUGGAGCGUACCCACAGAAUCCUCAGCAGCAGCAGCAAGCACAGCAGUCACCUUAUCAGCGCUUUCCUCCUCCACAACAGGAGCUAUCCCAGGACUCUUUUCAGUCCAACGCCCCACCAUCUUCGCAGCCAAAAAGUGGUCCAGAGGACAGUCAAGGCCGUCCUUCCAGCCUCCCGGUCAGUCAUGACCUGUCAGGAUCCAUUGACGACCUGCCUACUGGUACCGACGGUGCUCUGAGUCCUGGUGUGAGCACGCCAGGGGUUUCGAGCAGUCAGGGUGAGCAGAGCAACCCGGCCCAGUCACCCUUCUCGCCUCACACAUCUCCACACCUGCCGGGUAUUCGAGGCCCCUCCCCUUCCCCGACCGGGUCCCCUGCCAGCGCCAGUACACCUCGUGCUGGACCGUUGUCCCCUGCCAACAUGCCAGGCAAUCAGAUGCCUCCGAGGCCAUCAAGUGUGCAGUCAGAUGGCAGCCUUCACCCCGGAAUGAGCCAGUCUCCACUGGCCCCUGACAGAGGGUUUAUGCAGAGAAACCCUCAAAUGCCACCUUACGGUCCCCCUCAGUCAGCUUCUGCAUUGUCGCCUCGCCAGUCUUCAGGUGGACAGAUGCAUCCUGCGAUGGGUCCAUAUCAACAAAAUAACUCCAUGGGGGGAUAUGGACAACAAGGAGGACAAUAUGGCCCCCAAGGUUAUCCUCGCCAACCUGGUUAUGGCAACAUGCCCAAUGCCAACUACACAGGAACAGGCAUGGGUCAAAUGGCAGGUCAAGGUGGGGGACAACCGUAUGCUGGCAUGCCCCCAGGAAGGAUGCCUCAGAAUCAAAUGGGGCCACGUCCUUAUGGCCCUGGCAUGAGUCCCAACAUGGUCCCAAACAUGCCUCCGAACAUGGGCAACAUACCGCCCCAGGUUGGCUCUGGGAUGUGCCCUCCUCCAGGCAUGAACAGAAAGGCCCAAGAUCCCGCAGCCUUGCAGCACCCCGCCUCUAACUCAAUGCACAACAGGAUGUCUGGUUAUCCCAAUAUGCCUCCAGGCAUGAUGGGCUCUGGCCCUCCUUAUGGCCCUCCUAUUAAUAACAUGCCCGGAAUGAUGAACACCCAAGGUGGAUCACCUUAUUCCAUAGGGCCAAACAUGGCCAACAACUCUAGUGGUAUGGCUCCAAGUCCUGAGAUGAACAAUAAAAUGAAUAACAAAGUUGAUGGGGGAGGAACACCUAAACCUGAGCCCAAAUCUAAGAAGUCCAAUUCUUCCACCACGACCAGUGAAAAGAUAACGCGCCUGUAUGAGUUAGGACCAGAGCCUGAGAGGAAGAUGUGGGUUGACCGCUAUUUGGCUUUCAUUGAGGAAAAAGCCAUGCCCAUGACCAACCUGCCUGCUGUAGGACGCAAACCUCUUGACCUCUUUCGGUUGUAUGUGUCAGUGAAGGACAUCGGAGGCAUGACACAGGUGAAUAAGAACAAAAAAUGGCGUGAUUUGGCCACAAGUCUGAAUGUGGGUACAUCUAGCAGUGCUGCCAGUUCUUUGAAAAAGCAGUACAUUCAGUGUUUGUACGCCUUUGAGUGUAAGAUUGAGCGUGGCGAAGACCCACCUCCCGAGAUUUUUUCAGACAACAAGAAGAACCAGACUGCAAAGGUCCAGCCCCCCUCGCCAGCGUCCCUCUGCUCCACAGCUGGGUCAGGCUCUCUGCAGGGCCCUCAGACUCCCCAGUCAACCAGCAGCUCUAUGGCAGAGGGCGGAGACCUAAAGCCUCCAACCCCAGCCUCCACUCCUCAUUCCCAGAUGCCCCCCAUGCCACCUGGCUCCAGAAGUAGUGUUAACCUGCAAGACCCCUUUUCUGAAGGAAGCGAUCCUGCCUACCCACGUAAAAACAUGACACCCAACUCCGCUUAUCAGUCUGGUAUGAACACCUCAGACAUGCAAGGUCGCAUGGGCCCCUACGAACCCAACAAGGAUCCCUUCAGUAAUAUGCGAAAAGUCGGGGAGCAGUUUCUUCCUGCUAACCAGGGUGGGAACAGCGGGAUGGGCGACCAGCAGCAGCAACCGCUACAACAGCAGCAGCAGCCUCCAUUCAAUCGUGGACCACCCGGAGCCAUGGGCACAAUGCCAAUGGGGCCCAGACAACAGUAUCCCUAUGGACCAGGCUACGACAGGAGAUCUGAGCAAGGAAUGGGUCCAGAAAGCAACAUAGGAUCUGGUGCUCCUCAGCCAAACUCUAUAAUACCUGCCAAUGCCGACGCUGGGAUGUAUUCGCCAAAUCGCUUUCCACCACAGCAACCACGACAUGAUUCCUAUGGUAAUCAGUAUCCUGGACAGGGAACGCCCCCUACUGGCUCUCACCCCAAUCAGCAGCCUGGAAUGUACCCACAGCAACAGCAGAGCUACAAGCGUCCUGUGGAAGGAGGCUACCCUCCUUCAAAACGUCAUGAGUCGGAGUACAGUGGGUCUUUCCCGGGUGGACAACCACCGCCACAGCAACAGCAGCAAGGCGGCGUACCUGCACCUUCUCCAGGACAGCAAGAGCCGUACAAUCAAUACAGCGGCAGUGGACCAUAUCCAGGCGCUGAACGCCGCCCCCCUGGCCCAGGCAAUCAGUAUCCAUUUCCCUUUGGUCGUGACAGGAUGCAGGGAGCAACCGGCCCUAACGCUCAGCCCGCCAUGCCCCCUCAGAUGAUGCAGCCGGGCCCAGAGGGUCCUCAGGGAGGCAUGUGGCAGGGACCACGAGACAUGAACUAUCAGAACUACCAUGGUCGUCAGGGUGGCCCUGGGGGCCCGCCUCAGGGACCCGGUUACCCAAGCAUGAGCCGCUCUGAAGAGAUGAUGUCAUCAGAACAGCGAAUUAAUCAUGAAAACCAGUGGGGUGGUCAGAUGGGACCGCGGCAGCCUCCGUACGGUCCAGCCGGGCCGGGUCAACCGAUGCCUCGUUCUGUGCAGGCCAACUACCAGUCCCCGCAAGGCGUGCAGAACCACAUUCCACAAGUAUCCAGCCCAGCGUCCAUGCCCCGCCCGAUGGAGAGCAGGACAUCCCCAAGUAAAUCUCCCUACAUGCACGGAGUAAUGAAAAUGCAAAAGGCCGGCCCUCCUGUGCCUGCAUCACAUAUAGUGCCCUCUUCAGUGCAGUCACCUUUAAUAAGGCGGGACAUGCCUUUCCCCAUGGGUUCCAUCGAAGCUAGCCACCCUCUCCUAAAACCACGUCGGAGACUCACCAUGAAAGAGAUCGGAACCCCAGAGGCAUGGAGGGUCAUGAUGUCAUUAAAGUCGGGUCUACUGGCUGAGAGUACCUGGGCCUUGGACACAAUCAACAUUCUCCUUUAUGAUGACAGCAGUAUUUCCACCUUUGAUCUCAAUACGUUGCCCGGCCUACUCGAGUUGGUCGUUGAAUAUUUCCGUCGCUGUCUCAUUGAGAUCUUUGGCAUCUUGCAAGAAUAUGAGGUGGGGGACCCUGGACAGAGGACACUACUUGACCCUGAUGCCUUGAAAAAAGUAUCGGAUAGCACAGAAGAAGAGGAACUACAACCAGACGAUGUAGAUGUGGAGGAUGAAGACGAUAUGGAUGAGGAGGAACAAGAAAUGGAUCUGCCAGCUCAUAUAAAACAGGAAGCUGAGCGUAAGGAGUGUUCCAAUGAAGGAGAUGAAAAGACUGAAGACGACGAUGGAAAGUGCAAGGGUUCUUCAUCUGACCAAACGGGCUCAUUACCUAUUUUAUCUGCCCAGGACAGACUUAAACAGGGCAGCAAGUUUGACAAGUUUCCUGUAAAGGUGGUACGAAAGAGAGACCCGUUUAUCGCUGCCCAGACCAACAGUCACAGCAAAUCUCAAGAGUUUGACAGUGGAUUACUUCACUGGAGUGCAGGUGGCGGGGACUCAACAGAUCACAUUCAGACACACUUUGAGCCCCGCAAAAACUUCUUAGAUCGUCGAGAACGAAUACCUGUACCCCAAAGUUUGCUGAAAAGACGAGUCAGAGAAGAUAUCGUUGAAUAUAAUUUGCCAACAGAAGAGGAGAAAAAGAUUCAAGAUGAUGAAGGGUGUAAAGAGACCUCAGGAAAAGCCACAGUCUUCGAAGACAGUCUUACCAUGGCUACUGAAGAGGAGAACAAAUCUGAGUCAAAAAUGGCUGAGAAUAACCAGGAGAAUAACCGACCUAUUCCUUCUGUGGGUAGUGUGCUGACACAUCAGGCAAACACCAUCCUGGAGGAUGAGCCUCACAGUAAAGAUGAGGGCCCGCUGGUUUCACUAGCAAACUGGCAAGAUUCACUCGCUCGACGCUGCAUUUGUAUUUCCAACAUCGUCCGCAGCCUCUCCUUUGUUCCAGGCAACGACCACGAGAUGUCCAAGCAUCCAGGCUUACUCCUGCUGCUGGGUCGCCUUAUUCUGCUCCACCACCGGCACCCUGAGCGCAAACAGGCCCCGCUCACCUACGAGAAAGACGAGGACACCGAGGAGGGAAUGGGCCAGAGGGAUGAAUGGUGGUGGGACUGCUUGGAGCUCCUGAGGGAAAACACACUGGUCACCUUGGCAAACAUCUCAGGCCAAUUGGACUUGUCUGUGUACUCUGAGAGCAUCUGCUUGCCUCUGUUGGAUGGUCUACUCCACUGGGCCGUCUGCCCUUCAGCAGAAGCCCAAGAUCCUUUCCCCACUUUGGGUCCACACAGUGCUUUGUCCCCUCAGAGACUGGUCUUGGAGACGCUGAGCAAGCUCAGCAUACAAGACAACAACGUGGACCUGAUCCUGGCCACCCCACCCUUCAGCCGAUUGGAGAAGCUCUAUGGGAAUCUUGUGCGGCAAAUUGGAGAGAGGAAGGUGGCUGUCUGCAGGGAGAUGGCUGUGGUUCUACUGGCCAACUUAGCACAGGGUGAUACUCUGGCCGCACGGGCAGUUGCCGUUCAGAAGGGCAGUGUAGGCAACCUGUUAGGCUUCCUGGAGGAUAGUCUGGCCGCUACUCAGUUUCAGCACAGCCAGAGUUCAUUGCUACACCUGCAGGGGAUGCACUUCGAGGCUACAAGCCCGGACAUGAUGAGGCGAGCUGCCCGGGCUUUGCACGCUUUAGCCAAGGUAGAGGAGAACCACUCGGAGUUCACACUACAUGAGUCCCGGCUCCUUGACCUUUCAGUGUCCCCCCUCAUGAACUCGCUGGUCUCUCAUGUUAUCUGUGAUGUACUCUUUUUGAUUGGCCAGUCCUGACAGCUGUAGGGAGCUGUGGCUCCUCACCCCCACUUCCCUGAUAUCAUGGCUUGUGUGCAACGGGGCAAGGAAAGGUUGAACGUGACUCUUAUUUAUGAAAAUCCACAGAUUCCAUUCUCUGAUUCUUGCUCUGAGACUUGUCAUCACAGAGCUGUGCUGGAUUACAAAAACCGAGAGAAGCCCACAAAGUGACACAAACUCACAAAAGAAAUGCCGACUGGAUGACAAGAGAGCAGAGCAGAGCAAUGCCACAGUGGAGAAACUUUUCUGCACUUGGGGGGAAAGUACUUUUUAAUAAAGAUAAAUAAUUAAAUAAAUAAAUAGCUGAAAAACAAAAACUGUAACCAAAGUUGCUGUCUCGUUUACAGUGAGUUUGGGAGAGGCAGUGUGCCCUUGCUCUCCUCUCAGAGGUGGCGUAGACUGACAAAAGUGGCCUACUGGUUCUAGUUGCUGUAGUUGGAGUAUCACCAGUCAACCCAACACGCAGCAACAUGCUGCCAAUAGACACCUUCACCAGGGAGGCCUGUGCAGUGUGCAGUAGAUUGUAGGACAUUUUCUGUACCGUACUGCUCUUCAGUGACAGCAAUCUGUAAACUGCGUUUCUCACAGAAGUGGACGAUGAAGCUCUACUUGAGUUUGUUCAUCAUAGUUUGGUGUUAAAAACAGAAAAUGGCUUUCUUCCCCAAAGUAUCAAGAACACCCUUACCUCCUUUUAUCCCUUGAUUGUAUGAAUACCCCUAUGAAAAGAAAUCACCUCUUAGGACUGGUUUUCAACUUCAAAUACAGCUUUGCUGUGGUGUGUAUAUAUAAUGUUGUACAUUACA